AUGGUAUAUUUAAACAAGGGUCCACGGUCGCGCAGUCGUUCCCGUUCGUAUUCCCCAGACGAUAGACGAGGACGCCGACGUUCCUACAGUCGCGACAGAUAUUCGCCUCCAGUUUCCAAGAGGCGUCAUCCGCCAUCUCCACCUCCUUUACCACCGGGAAGACGUCGUAGUUAUUCUAGAUCUGAAUCUCCACGAUAUAACCGCCGCAAUUAUAGUAGUCAUGGUAACAGGUCAAAACCACCAAGGUCUCGUUCUCGCUCUCCAUACGACAGAAACGAUCGCAAUAGGGUAAGUUUCAAUAAACUGAACUUCCAAAAUCACAGUAAUUAAUAUAUAUUUAUACAAUACUAGGAAAAACCUUCUCCAUGUCGCUGUCUAGGAGUUUUUGGUCUGAGUGUCCAUACCACACAACAACAAAUCAGAGAGAUAUUUGGUAAAUUUGGACCUAUUGAAGCAAUACAAGUUGUAGUUGACAGACAGACUCGCCGUUCCCGUGGUUUUUGCUUCAUUUAUUACAAAUAUUUAGCAGAUGCCGAAGUUGCUAGAGACCAGUGCUGUGGUCUAGAAGUUGAUGGCAGACGUAUACGAGUCGCCUAUUCCAUUACAGAGAGACCUCAUACUCCAACCCCGGGUGUUUAUAGGGGACAGCUAAAAGUUUUCAAUUACAGAAGCCUAUCCCAGCGUAAUCGUUCUCAACGUCGGCACUCUCCAUCACCUUACAGUCGAAGUCACCGUGAUCGCUACGAACGAAGUCGUAGUCGUUCCCAUUCACCCCGUCGCCAUCGCUAUUGA